AUGCCGCCCCUUUACUCGUCCAAUCUCCAACCGCACACCCGCGACUCCUUGGAACUCGCAUCGCUCGCAAGCUCAGAUAAUGGCGCAGACACUGCCGACACAGACUCCCGUCCCAGUAUCUCGUCCUCGCGAAAGCUCUCGCUCGAGCAAGACGAUCCCUUAGACAAUGGGAAUCCCGCAUCAAGCGGCAGACCAAACUACCAUGGCCGCUCCUUCUCCGUGUCCUCCGGCUUCGACUUCUCUGCGAACCUCUUCCCUCUCUCGUCUACCGCCGGCGCAGGUUAUGCUCCCAUAGGCGCACCGAUAGCUUCAACACAACCGAAUGGCGGCGUGGGCGGUGCCUCUCUGGAGAAGCACAAGACGUUGACAUACUUGAACGGGCUGUCGCUUAUCGUGGGGUUGAUCAUCGGCUCGGGCAUUUUCUCGUCGCCGUCUCAGGUCAACUCUAACGUUGGCUCUCCAGGCGCUGCUCUCAUUGUUUGGGUAAUUGCUGGAGUGCUUGCUUGGACCGGAGCCGCGAGCUAUGCGGAGCUUGGAGGGGCGAUUCCUCUCAAUGGAGGAGCCCAGGUAUACCUGGCCAAAAUCCUAGGAGAGCUAUCCGGAUUCCUCUUCACAUGGGUUGCUGUCCUCGUUCUGAAACCAGGCAGCGCAGCCAUCAUUUCCAUAAUCAUGGGGGAGUACCUGGUACGAGCAGCUAUCGGUGCCGAGGCGGAGACCAUCAAUCCAUGGAUCAACAAGUCAGUGGCACUUGUUGGCUUGUUCGUAGUGACAUUUUUGAAUUGCGUAUCCACGAAGCUGGGUAUGAGAAUGAACGACCUGCUUAUGUUCAUGAAGUUUAUUGCAUUGCUUGGAGUUACGGUCACUGGUAUUGUCGUUGCUGCCACUGGAUACUCGUUCUCUGGCACGGCCAAUCUGGAUUGGAAGACACAUGAAUGGUUCGAGGGUACCAAGAUGGAUGCUUCAGCUUGGGCGGUCGCGUUAUAUGCCGGUCUAUGGGCUUUUGACGGCUGGGACAAUACCAACUACGUCGUUGGUGAAUUCAAGAACCCCACUCGGGACCUCCCCAGGGUCAUUCACACGGCAAUGCCCCUGGUGAUUAUCAGCUACAUACUCGCAAAUGUUGCUUAUUUCCUCGUUCUGCCACUGGCAACGAUCAACUCAUCUAACACUGUCGCUGUCAUGUUCGGCGCGAAGGUCUUUGGACCUGUAGGAUCGCUGAUUCUCGCUCUGAUCGUCAGCGCAUCUUGCUUUGGUGCGCUGAAUAGCUCAACCUUUACCAGCAGCCGGCUGGUGUAUGUAGCUGGAAAAGAAGGCUAUAUUCCUGCCCUCUUCGGCCGCAUUGGCAUGGGCUCCUCCUCUCAAGAACAGACACAUUUGUCAACUACCAGAACAAGAUCUUGGUUCUCAAAAAGACUCGCUCGUCUUGUGGGAGAUGAGGAUACAGGCUUGUUCUUCACCCCUAUAUACGCUCUUAUCCUUAAUGGGGCUCUUACCGCGGCGUAUGUCAUAGUAGGAGAAUUCGGAACCCUGCUUACCUUCUACGGAGUCGCUGGGUACUCAUUCUACUUCCUGACCGUUCUCGGUCUGAUCAUCCUGCGAGUCAAGGAGCCUGAUCUGGAGCGGCCCUACAGGACAUGGAUCACGACGCCAAUUAUCUUCUGCUGUGUCAGUCUUUUCCUGCUCAGUAGAGCUGUCUUUGCACAGCCAUUGCAAACCAUGAUCGUCAUCGCGUUCGUGAUUGCGGGAAUACCAGUAUAUUUCUGGCGUGUGAAGGGUCGUGGCUCUUCAGGAAGGAAGUACGAAGCCGGAGACAUGGACGGAACGGGUUCAAAAUGGAAGUUUUGGAGACGCUGGCGGAGAUAA